AUGAGUGAUGCUGUGUAUAUAGUUCACAGACAGCUGGAGAAGAUACCGACUAUUCCAGAGCAUGUGAGGACUGUCGAUCUGCGACGGAACAACAUAUCUCGGAUGACUCUAAACAAGGCGGAGUCUGUCGAGUACCUCGAUUUGUCGGACAACAGAAUAAGAACCAUCUCUAGUCUUGAGAACGUUCCGAACUUGAAGGUGCUGGAUCUGAGCUACAACCUGAUAACGGACAUCUCGAUUCCUCCCAUGAAUCUUGAGGAGCUGUACUUGAUUUCAAACGACAUUGCAACGAUCCACGGCCUAAACCUCCCUCGAAUCAAGAAGUUAGACAUGGCAGUAAAUGACAUAUGCAAGAUCGAAAAUCUCGAGAAAUGCACCACGCUGGAGGAGCUCUAUCUCGGGAGCAACCAAAUAGGGGCAGUGGAGGGCUUGGAGGAGAUGAGGAGCCUGAAGAUACUGGAUCUCCAAAACAACAAGCUCGAGCUUGUGGACUGCUCGAUGAUACCCAGUAGUGUUGAAGUUCUUCUUCUUGGAGAAAACAGGAGUCUUGAAGUAGUGGAGAACAUAGAGUUGCUCAAGAACCUCAAAAUCCUUGGGCUGGAAAAGACAAGAGUGUCUGAGAAUAUGGAGGGGAAAAGCUUUACUAUUUGGCGUUGA